GCUUGACGAAGCUUGACGAAGCUUAUGAAGCUUGGUUUUAACCUUGACAUACCUUGUUAAGCGUGAGACGCCGUCGAUCUAUCCUGCAUAUCAACGAUGAUCUUUGGAAACUUAACGUGAUUGGAGAUAUUUAAGUGGCCAAGCAGGUUUCCCCGUUGGGCGGGGUGAUGAUGCACAUUGUGAUAGUGGAAGGGGCGAGGUAUAUAUUACCUUCCUUCUGCUCCAAGCACAACAUUUCUUGAACAUCAAUUUGAUACUGUUGUAAGACCAUAUAUUCAAACCCUCCAAAAACCCUACGAUCGUCCAAUCCUAUUAUAUCAACUCCUCUAGGAAUAUGGCAUCCUUCCAGCGACUGGCUAUCCAGCGUAGCCCGGUCUACAAGUCCAAUGGCACCAAGUCGUAUCUUCACGCGAUGAGAAAGUAUGGGUUCCACCCAACCAAGCCUGGCCCUUACUUCCAGGCCAAAGUGAUGUCUCAACAAGGAAAAUUCGGCGGGGUUGGCGGCCGCAUGCGCGCACACUACGUUCUACGAAAGCGCGACCACACCUCGGCUCACGGAGGGGCGCAAAGCACGGCCACAGCUCCAAGCGACGGAGCUGCCGAGGGUGAAGUUCCAGCCGAAGAUAUUCAGAAUGAUUCUCUAUAUCUAUGCGAAGUCGGUAUUGGUACGCCAGAGCAGAAAUUAUAUCUGGACUUCGAUACUGGGUCGUCGGAUCUAUGGGUUUGGUCUACUGAGCUCCCCAAGAAGAUUCUUAGUGGUGCAAAUCCCCAGAACCAGCAAGUCGCGUUUGACCCUUCCAAGUCGAGCACCUUCAAGAAGCUCAGCGGGGAAACGUGGAAAAUCUCGUACGGCGACUCCUCGUCGGCAAGCGGCGACGUAGGUACCGAUGUCUUGGACUUGGGUGGACUAAAGGUCCAAACUCAAGCUGUGGAGUUGGCCAAACAGCUCUCCACGCAGUUCGCACAGGGUAAUGGAAGUGGCCUGCUCGGUCUCGCAUUCAGCUCCAUUAACACUGUUUCCCCGAAUCCUCAGAAGACUCCGGUAGACAACAUCAUCGCACAGAAAUCGGCGAAGGAGCAGCUGUUCACAGCAUACCUGGGUAGCUGGCGCGAUGCAGAUGAAGCCGACAAGGGAGAGAGCUUCUACACCUUCGGGUACAUUGACCAAGACGUCAUGACCGCCGCAGGCGCUACCUCUCCGAAAUAUGCAGACAUUGAUAGCAGCCAAGGCUUCUGGCAGCUUCAAUCUACAUCUGCAUCCAUCAACGGGCAGACUGUUACCCGUUCUAGCAACACCUCCAUCAUGGACACAGGAACCACUCUCUGUCUGGUCGAUGACACCCUCGUCGAGGCCGUCUACAAGGCUAUCCCUGGCUCCAAAUACGACCAAAGCAGUCAAGGCUACGUCUUUCCUUCCAACACAUCAGCAGAUGAUCUACCAGAAGUUCAGCUUGCAAUUGGAGAUGACAUGGUAGCUUUCCAAAAAGAGGAUUUGGGUUUCGCAGAUGCCGGCAAUGGGAUGGUGUAUGGUAGUAUCCAAAGCAGAGGAUCCAUGGACAUGGACAUCUAUGGAGAUGCUGUUUUGAAGGCCAUGUAUGCGAUUUUCGACGUGAACAGUGGCAAGCCAAGGUUUGGAUGGGUGCAGCGCAAGGAGUCGAGUCAAAACAUUUCAGCUCCACCUUCGUAA